CCUAACCAAACAUAAACACAUCCAUCUCCCGGCUAAACAAAAACUUUACUUUUCCAAUUCUAAAAAUUUUGAAAACAUAACUUGAAAAACUUCAAUAAAAAAAAUGCGUACUAAAACUGAUCCAUCUCAUGUGGUCAAUUUUUCCGAACAAAUUUAUGGCUUCGAAAUAUGUGGCAAUGAUUUUGCAUUUAAUUUAGUUUGUGUUGCUGUUGCAAAGAAAAUCAUCCUUGGCCUUUUGCGGUUUCCAGAAGAAACUGACACAGAAACAUUUGGCUGGGAGCGUUUAAAAGACAUCUAUCAUGAAUCACGAUGCCAUGCCAUAGCCUUCGCUCCAAAAACUUCAUUGGCCGUUGUGCCCAAGGUUGUUACUUUGUGUGCCGCCGGUGCAGAUUUUAAUCUACGGAUAUUCCGAACAGAUCUGGAUCAAAAUGAUACCGUACAGAUAUUAAAAGGUCACACAAAUUAUGUGAACGAUGUGGCUUGGGAGCCUGAAGAAGAAUUCCUUGCCUCUGUGAGUGACGACCAUUCGUGUAAGAUUUGGAGUUCUGCCCAUAGUUUUGAAACUGUUACAACUUUCUGCCUAUCUUCGGCGGGUAUGUCAGUGCGCUGGCAUCCCGACGAACCCGGCAAAGUGCUGGUGGCCGAAAAGAAAGGAAUCAUCCAUUUGUACAAUGUUCGAUCACAACAGGCCAUAAUGUCCUUAGAAUCGCCAAAAGUUCCUCUCAUGAGUGCCGACUGGUCACUACACAAUCGUCUGUUUGUGACAGCACUCGCUGGAGGAGAUGUUAUCACCUGGGAUCUUCGAAGGACAUGUGGCCCAGCAGAUGUUAAACAAAUCCACGAAGACGGAGGCCGUACUGUGAAAUUUUCGCCAAACAGUGAAGUUGUCUACGCCAGUAUUGGACGUCCCGACAUAACUCUGAAAGUCUACACUGCCAAAUCUACAGUUCCACUGAUCGAAGCGUCUCUUAAACUAUUCGGUGGAAUGUCUUGGCACCAUCGAUUACCAUAUGUUGCCGCUGCCUAUGAUCGAAAGCUGUGCUUCUGGAAGGUACAGAUUAAGUAAUAAGCUUCAAAGUCUCUGUUUUGAUAAAUGAAUAAAUAAAU